UUUUCUUAUCAGCCAUCAAAAGUAUGCCCUAUUUUAACUUUCCCCUUUCUCUCUGAGCUCUCUCAGUCCCUCAUUGCCUCAUAGCAAUGUUCUCACUCUCCUCCAUGAUUUCUCUCACUACAAAACCAAACCCACUUUCAUUUCACUCCCCAUUCACAUCUCCUCAACUCUUCAAUCCCAAAAAACCAUUCAAAACCCCUAAAAAUCCAAGCUUUAAGCGCUCCACAAUCGUUUCAGUCCUUCAAUGGAACAGAAAGCCAGAACUAUCAGGAGAAACACCAAGAGUGGUCGUAAUUACAUCAGGUAAAGGUGGUGUUGGUAAAACAACAACCACAGCAAAUGUAGGUCUUUCAUUAGCUCGAUUAGGGUUUUCAGUUGUUGCUAUUGACGCUGAUGUUGGUUUGAGAAAUCUUGAUUUGUUAUUAGGUCUUGAGAAUCGGGUUAAUUAUACUGCUGUUGAGGUUCUGAAUGGUGAUUGUAGAUUAGAUCAAGCUUUAAUUCGUGAUAAACGUUGGUCCAAUUUUGAAUUGCUUUGUAUUUCGAAACCUAGAUCAAAAUUGCAAUUAGGGUUUGGUGGAAAAGCUUUGAUUUGGGUUGUCGACGCGUUGAAAGCGCGUGCCGAAGGGUGUCCUGAUUUUAUAAUUAUUGAUUGUCCUGCUGGUAUUGAUGCUGGUUUUAUUACUGCUAUUACACCUGCUAAUGAAGCUGUUCUUGUAACAACACCUGAUAUUACUAGUUUGAGAGAUGCGGACCGUGUAACGGGUUUGUUGGAGUGUGAUGGGAUUAAGGAUAUUAAAAUGGUUGUUAAUAGAGUUAGAACUGAUUUGAUUAGAGGUGAAGAUAUGAUGUCUGUGUUAGAUGUGCAAGAGAUGUUGGGGUUGGCAUUGUUGGGUGUGAUUCCUGAGGAUUCGGAAGUGAUUAGGAGUACGAACCGUGGGUAUCCGCUUGUUUUGAAUAAGCCACCUACAUUGGCUGGACUUGCAUUUGAACAAGCUGCUUGGAGAUUAGUUGAACAAGAUAGCAUGAAAGCUGUUAUGAUUGAGGAAGAGCCGAAGAAACGCGGGUUCUUUUCGUUCUUUGGCGGCUAAGGAUGCAAUUCUGAAAUGGGUUGGUUAGUAAUGCCAAUGGUGAUGAAGCAAUCAGUUCUUUUCUUCUUUGCAUUAUGGAUUAGUUUUCAGUCAUGGGUUUUGUUCGGAUGGACUUGGUAUGUUCAGGGGAAGAAUAGGAAAGGUGCAUCUUUGUUCUUUUUCGUUCUUCAGUCUGUAGGUACUAGGAAUUGAAGUUGGAUGUGUUAACGCCAUGCCAUGCCAUGCCUUGCCUAUCGGCAUGAAUCAAUCAAGUUCUGAAGUUUUUUGGUUGUAGGCUUAGUUUUAAGACAUGGGCACUGCUGGAUGGAAGAUAGUUUCAUUCGGGUGUCUUAAAAAAUUGGUGAAGAAUGUGGAGGGUCUGUACAGUGAGGUGUAAGCUUAAAAUUUUUUCUUCUUUUUGAUGAUUCUAGUUUUAAGCGUUUGAAGGUUUGUUUCUAUUGAAUUUUUUGGUUGUCUUUUUAAAUUCCUCCCCCUGUAUUUCUGUGAUUUUGCUAGAGAUUUUAGAUCGAAUGGCAAUGUAAAUGAACACGGCAGAAAUGCAAAAAAAAACUGGUCCUUAUUUGUCAGUGC